AUGGCGGAACAACUCAACAUGGGCGGCUUGAGCCUUGGCGAUGGCCAGCAGCCUCAGCGCUCGUACAUACCACCCCACAUGCGAAAUCGACCCUCUGCCCCCCCUUCCGCUGCUCCUAUGAAUGGUGGUGCUCCCAAUGGCGCACCCAAUGGUCUCAGCAAUAGCUCUUGGGCUGGUAACAACAGCAACUACGCUGGUCGCCAGAACAACUGGAAUAAUGGACCUGACGGCGGUGCUCCUCCUGCUUUCCAGAACAACCGCCGCGGCGGAUGGAGUGGCCGUGGCGGCGGUUACGCUGGUGGCCACGAAGGUCACUCUGGCGGCGGCGGCUACGCUGCCCGAGGCUCUGGCGAUGGCCAGUGGCGCGAUGGAAAGCACAUUCCCGGUCCGGCUAACCCCCGUCUGGAGCGUGAGCUCUUCGGUACUAUCGACGAUCCUUCCAAACAACACACCGGUAUCAACUUUGAAAAGUAUGACGAUAUCCCCGUUGAGGCGUCUGGUCAUGACGUCCCUGAGGCCGUGCUCCAGUUCUCCACGCCUCCUCUGGACGAACACCUCUGCCGCAACAUUGAGCUGGCUCACUACAAGGUUCCCACCCCCGUUCAGAAGUACUCUAUCCCCAUUGUCAUGGGUGGACGCGAUCUCAUGGCUUGUGCCCAGACUGGUUCUGGCAAGACCGGUGGCUUCCUUUUCCCCAUCCUUUCACAGGCGUUCAUCAAUGGUCCUUCGCCCACGCCAGCUAGCGCUGCUGGCCAGUUUGGUCGUCAGCGCAAGGCUUACCCUACCUCACUCAUCCUCGCUCCCACCCGUGAGCUGGUUUCUCAAAUCUACGACGAAUCCCGCAAAUUCGCCUACCGAUCUUGGGUCCGCCCCUGCGUUGUCUAUGGCGGAGCCGACAUUGGCUCCCAGCUCCGCCAAAUUGAGCGAGGCUGUGAUCUCUUGGUUGCCACUCCUGGUCGUCUGGUCGAUCUUAUUGAACGUGGUCGCAUCUCCCUUUGCAACAUUAAGUAUCUUGUUCUGGAUGAGGCUGAUCGCAUGCUUGACAUGGGUUUUGAGCCCCAGAUCCGCCGCAUUGUCGAGGGGGAGGACAUGCCUCCUGUGGCCGACCGUCAAACUCUCAUGUUUUCAGCCACCUUUCCUCGUGACAUUCAGAUGCUUGCCAGAGAUUUCCUCAAGGACUAUGUCUUCUUGUCUGUCGGCCGUGUCGGCUCCACCUCCGAGAACAUCACUCAGAAGGUCGAAUUUGUUGAGGAUAUUGACAAGCGAUCUGUCCUCCUCGACAUUCUUCACUCCCACGCCGGUGGCCUGACUCUUAUUUUCGUCGAGACCAAGCGCAUGGCCGACUCCCUCUCCGACUUCCUCAUCAACCAGAACUUCCCAGCCACGUCUAUUCACGGUGACCGUACACAGCGUGAGCGUGAGCGCGCACUCGAGUUCUUCCGCAAUGGCCGGUGCCCCAUUUUGGUCGCAACUGCUGUUGCCGCUCGUGGUCUUGAUAUCCCCAAUGUCACCCACGUCAUCAACUACGACCUGCCUACCGAUGUUGAUGACUACGUCCACAGAAUCGGUCGUACAGGCCGUGCUGGAAACACUGGUAUUGCCACUGCUUUCUUCAAUCGUGGUAAUCGUGGCAUUGUCCGUGAGCUUAUGGAGCUUCUCAAGGAAGCCAACCAAGAAGUACCUGGCUUUUUGGAGGCCAUUGCCCGUGAAUCAUCCUUUGGGGGAGGCGGCCGAGGCGGCCGAUCUCGUGGCGGCGGCGGCGGCGGCGGCGGGCGUGGCACUGCUAAUCGCGAUUUCCGCAAGUUUGGCGGAGGUGGUGGCGGCGGCGGCUUUGGCGGCAACAGCGGUGGUGGUUUCGGUGGUCCCCAGCAAAACUCGAGCUACGGCGGCGGCUACGGCGGUCCCCAGGGCGGCUAUGGAGGCGGCGGCGGCGGCGGCGGCAGCGGUGGCGGCGGCGGCAGCUACGGCAACCCUGGCGGCCCUGGUGCUCAGUCCUGGUGGUAG